CGUGCUGAUGGUUUGUGCGUUGCCUACUUGUUUGCCGGUACCGAGUAUGUUUUUAGCCUUUCGGUGCUGCCUACGUCCAGAGCCGUAUUUCAACGCAGCUAUAUUGCUAUUUAACACAGGCAAACAAAACAAACGGGUCCCUACGGUGAAGCAAGCAAUGACGAUGCACUACAGCUAGCACUAGAUGCAACACUGCUCGUUUUGAAUGUUCCUGCCCGACAUACCAUUAGCAAACCUUCACAGACGUGGGGGCAUUUGUUCCACAUUCUGCCAGUGACAAAACCAACACAGCAACGCAUAAUCUCCGCCAACGACGAAGUGAAUCUCACCAAACUUUCCUCAUAACCCAUUGAAGGGGGUGGUCUUUAGUGUCCCACUGCUGGCAGCUAUUAGACGGUCAAUAGAUGCUAAAGAUGCCAACACCAACCAGAGCAGCCUUUGCAAUUAUUGUCCUUUCCGUAAUUGGGUUUACCCAUUCGACGACAACUUCAUCGGUGCGGAUAAACAAAUGCUGCGAGAAGUUUGAGGUCGUCUACGAUGGGAAGUGUACCGUCGCCGCCACAGUCAAUGCAACCAUAUGGAAGCCAGAGUUCAUCGGUCGGAAAGGCGAACGAAAUGUACAGGUCGACAAUUAUCGUUUCGUCAUUGGUCUGCCGGACUGUGGUACCAAGCAGAAGUUUAACAUCUACGAAUAUCACGACAGCUAUGACAAAUUGAUUCUCUUUCCGGAUGGUCAGCUGCGGCACCUUAUUCUGCGCCAUCACAGCCCCGGGUCACAGGGUAGCGUAGGUAGCUAUCUCGAUGAGGAUUAUAUCGAUGCCGGUGACACGAAUGUGCCGCUGUUACAGUACGACUACGUGCAAGGACUUUACUGUAUGGAUCGUGCUAUCGGAAGCGGUGGUGAUGGAGCAGAACUAAUGGAGGGUUUGAUAGCGAAGGUGUGCUCGCCGAAGGAAGAGAUCCACUGGACCGAUAGUGAUGUGAUGCUACGCAAAAUCAUCAACCCGAUUUGCCACGGUUUGGCCAUGAUCAUCCUGCUCGUCGUUGCGAUCAUUUACUUUGUGCUGCCAACGUUACGCGAUCUCGUCGGCAACAUGGUGACAACGAUCACGAUGUGUCUGAUCGUGAGCCAGGCGGCCGAUCUGGUACGCAUCUUCACCGAGUUCAGCAACCAUGUAAGCUUCCUCAUAGCGGAUCUGUUCUUUUACGUCAGCCUGCUCGGUGCGUUCUUCUGGCUAAAUGCGAUGGGUUACUACAUCUGGAAAAUGUUUCGCACGCGUAACGUGUUCUUGCGAGUUAGCGACGGUCGAAAGUACUGCUGGUACUCGGGAUACGCCUGGGGCUGCACCGGUACGAUGGCAGCAAUUGCCGUGUUUGCCCAUUUCUUUCUCGAUCUUCCCGGUAGUAGCAACGCUAGCAGUAACAGUGGCACCGAAACCGUUCACCAUCCCGGACGGGAAAGCUUUUUCGAAGGGCAGGACAACAUUAGCUGGCUAGGGAUAGCCGUGUUCUUUACGCCGAUCGCAUUCAUUAUUAUAGUGAACAUUUUCUUCUUCGUCACCACGUUACGCUUCAUCAAUCGGAUGCAUACGUACGGCAGGAUCCAUCAUAAGCUGCGCUGUAGCUUCGUCAUGUUCACCCUUAUCUUUGCCACAAUGAGUAUCGCCUGGCUGUUUCUCAUUCUAUCAUGGUUACAUUUUGACGGGUUGCUCUACAUGCACAUCAUCGCGAAUGCGCUACAGGCACCCUGCAUCCUCUAUAUCUGUGUGUUGCGCCAGAAACAUGUAACAUUUCUAGUGAAAUCAUGCUUUCGUGAUCAAGCGCCCCAGACGACCGAGUGGGGCGACGAGAUGACUUACAUGAACGGUGGUGAUUACUAAUGCUUAGUAUUGUGGUAAAAGACGUACAUUCGAUUUCAUCUUCACGCGUACGUCAGUUUCGGCUGAUGGUAUGAUCUUCAUAAUCCGAACCAAUCCAUAUGAUAUUAUGUACACAGUAAAAGGCUCUCAGUGAGCAGUCGCAAAGACAAAACCAUAACACCGUCCACCGGCUGUCUAGGUAAAGGUGCAUUCGUACAGUAAAGUCUUACAUACAAAAAAGACUUACGUGAAAAAAAACAACCACAGAAUCUCAGGCCGAAUAUGCUUCCAGGCUUCUAAAUUCCAGUCUUCAACAACUAAGAAUAGGCAGCAAAUAUAGUCAUAGUUCAUACGCGCAAUGAUAUAAGGCACUGCUGUAUUAGUCAUAAAGUGUAACAAAUCGAACAAAAACAUCUGCUGCUGCAGUUUUCAGCACGAGAUCGGACGAGAAAUUGCUCGUGGGAAAAACAACAUUUGUCUGAUGUACAAUCUUCCGAUCCUUGCACCGCUCCUCCAUGUAGAUAAGUGGAAAACAAAAUAUUUGUAAAAAAAAACUUAAUCUGUAAGAUAAUUUUAAAAUUUAAUUGGUGCGCAGUUGUACUUCAACACAACCGACAGUGUCUUACCCGCUUUUUUGGCAUACAAAUACAUUUUAGUUAACAAAUAACUAAGUGCAUGCAAAACGAAAACGAAUAUGUGGUUUUAGCAAAUAAAACGUACGUAAAUAAGUGACACUAUUGUUGUACUCG